UCGUUGAGCUCUGGUCGGUGGUACACAAAUGGCAUCAUACUGAAGUCUUCGAUCGUCGUACGUGCACAUAGUCGGCUUCCCUCCCUACCCCGGAGCCAGCUCCUCCAGUACCGGAAUAGACCCGUCAAUAGAUCGCUCGCUUUGUGCUGUGCGAGGGGUAAAGGAGGGGAGGGCUUAAAACAACGAAGAGCAAGUCUGUGUACAGAACAUGCCGGGAGUCGUCAUGGACGAUGCCAGUAUUGGCGGGCUCAGACACGGGCCAGGUAACAAUUAUUCUCAGGAUGGACAGUCGUACCCCCGAGGAGAAACUGUCCGGUUCAACUCACAAAAUGACCCACCUAAUGUUAAUGGAGUGGAAAAGAACGCCAGUCAUAAUCGAGCCAUCGAGAUACCCCCAGUCAAUCAUGCAUUAAGGGGAAAUAAAGGACCGCCUGAUUUGCCACACAUAACACAGGGCUUCUUUCCGUUCUCGAAGCUCAUAAAUAGAUCCGUGCAGCAGUGCUGGAACGAUCUAUCCGACAUGAUCACUGAACUGGCAGAGAUGCAAGUGAAUCCUCAUGAAUAUCACCCUUCGCCAGUUCCCACUAGCGGGAAAUAUCCUGGCAAUCAGCCCCCGGACAAUACACGGAAGAAGCUUCGAAUGCUCGAAUUUUCACACGCGAAAAGAGCUGAAUUCAUUAAGCUUCUCGUUCUUUCUCAAUGGAGUCGACAAGCCGCUGAUGUGAGUAAAUUGAUCGAUAUCCAAAAUUUCAUCCGCGCCCGUCAUCAAGCCUACACUGGUGCUCUUCAAUGUGUCGGAGAUAUGAAAAGAGACCUUGUACAGGCCCAGGUUGCCAACCCCGAUUUGAAAACCGCACUAGAGGUCUUGUCUAAAGGCAAGGUGGAAUCAAUGUCCAAUCUCGGUUACAAGCCUCCCAGGCGCCUAACGGUCAGGGGAACGCUCAAAAGGUUACAGAAAAUUAACCGAUUGAUCGGCGUGCGACUUGUAGCGCGAGAUGAGAUACCUCCGUCUUUUAGAACCUACUGUGUCCACGACGGCCGGGUCACAUUCCUUGUCCCUGGUGAAUUCGAACUUGACCUUUCCAUUGGUGAAGAGGAUGAAGCUUCACAGUUUUUCUUCGUUGACAUUCGUUUCCUCUUCUUUCCUUCACCUCCUGUUCCGAAGGGUCGAUUUCUGAAUGAGCUUGAGAUCACGAUCAAUGAUGUGCUUCAGAAAAGCGGCUUGACCGGGUGUUUCGAACUACUGCAUAACUUGGUAUUAACCAAUAAAGUCAACAUACUAUUCAAGCAAGCUGCUGAAUUGGCAAGAAGCUCCUGGUCUGACGUUUUGCGCGUUGAGUUGUUGCACCGAACUCUCGUUGUACAGUACUGGACACUGAAACCUGGAGCUAAAAGCUGGCUUGAGAUUGGAAUAUAUAGGGGCCAGCGCAGGUCAAACUGCGAAAGCUCUGGGCUGCCAGUUUUGGGGUGUCGUUGGAUGAGAGAUGGUAACGAGGUUCCAUGUGAUGACAUUGAUUUCGAUUCAGAAAACCUCUCUAUGGAGAGCCUUCUCCGAAGUAUCAUUGCUUUACACGUCUCUCACAAUCUUUCUUCGGCAUACAGAAACAUAGGACACAGUUCACUUUUUUCAAGUGGCUUACUAUCCUUGCGUGCUCGGCUCACUAGGACUGAGCCCGGCGAUUGUCUACUCGAUGUCCAGCUCACGGAAACUAAGUAUCUUCGAGUCUCCAUUGAACCGAUGUCCGGAAUUUCUAUCCUGUCAACCACCCCAAGUGUCUCGGAACGGAUUGAUGGCGACCGCAGUUUCGAAAGAUCUCCCGUCGAUGACAUUGUUUCCCGUGUUGCUCGACUUCGUUGUAACGCGGCUAUAGAGGAAAUUGAAUCCAAGGUUAAAAUGCUAGGAUUCGAGCCGCUGAAUCCGAGGGCAUGGAAGGUUGAUUUUCGCAAGAUAUUCCCAUCAAACGUUCUGCGAUUCGCGUUCUUUUCCCAUCACCUUUGGGAGCGUAAUUGGAUCGUGGCAGCGACUAGCAGUAUGGAUGGUGAUAGCUGGUGGGUUGUACAACUUCGCCCGACGGUUCUUGCGAAAGGCCCUUCCCUUCUUGAUGCGAGCGGCCGUGGCCAGUCUGUUCUCCGCUCCGCGCAGGCUGUGACAAAUGGGUUCUACCCUGCGCAAGAUAAGAGCGAUGACGCCUCGCUUGCAGACCUUGGACACAGUCUUUCAGGAAUUUUGGCUAUUCAUUCAAAUGCCCGCUACCUGUCAGAAUUGCAGGCCAUAAGAUUCUAUCCUCCUCCACACAAAUUGACGAUCGAAUCAGACCUUGGAGUCCCGGACAUCUUGGUUCGAUACAAUGCAUCAAAUCUCCCCAGUGUCUUUCGGGUAGCCAUGCCCGUUAAUGCAAAGAGAAAGAGCUUCUUCAAGGACACCAUUCGCCUUGCUUUUCAUGGAAUUGAUCCUCGCAAGAAGUGCGCUAUUAUGGUGGCCUAUGGUAGCUUGGCCAAUCCUACGGGUGCUUUUGGUCAUCUUAUCUCCAACUGGGAUCGCUCGCUAGUGUUUCAAAAGACAGGCGGUGGCUUUGCGAUACGUUUGCUUGCGCCUGCUGGUCACCCCGUCAUCGUCAGUCUUAUAGAAAGCUUACAGAGACUUGAGUGCGUGCUUUCAAUUCUCGAAUCUCUACAACGGAGAAAGAUCGAGGUCCGGACCUUUUCGUUAUCGAGCAUAUCCUUCAUUUACGGCCCGGAGAGAGAUCUCUCGGCUAGCAUCAAUAUUGAUCUGACUAGUGAUGACUCUCUUAUGGAACUCAAUCCUACCCAGCUUACAUCUAGCCUCGAGUCAUUAUUUCGCCUUCGCCUACACAUACAGUUCGGCCACUAUAACCCACAUCGUCGGAUUCAAGAAUCCCUUGCAUCUAGUCUUAAUCAAGCUUCCACCGAGGCGGGAUUGGAGUCCGUUGUUGAACUUCUAACGCUUACACUUCCUCUGAUGAGGGCUUUGGACCAGCUAAUGGUUAAUUCGUCUCACAGCGAGCCUCUGAGGGUGCAAGUCACAGUGCGUAACGCCAGGACUUAUCAAAUUCACUACCCUGGUGAAGGGGUCCUGUUUCAAUUGGUCGCUGCUUCGCAUCAAAGCCGUUGGGUCUGGGUACUCAAAGACACGGGCAGCCAAGGGAACAAUAGAAACCACAAGGUUACAACCUGUCUCCGAGAGACACUAUAUACCUCAAAGGGUGAUGGUUGGCGAGGGCUUGAGAGUGGUGUCGUUGCGGAAGCUAGUCAAGUCGGGAACCUCCUGGUAGCACUUGAGAAGUGUUUCACUGCCAGCCGAAACGGUUCCGGACACAAGCCUACGGACAGAGCCGCCAGCCCUGGCACAUCGAACAUUACCGCGCUUUCGGUGUCGGCGAGAGCAACGGGAAAUACGGACGGCACCAAAUCUGCGCAUCAGGACUCACUCGCAACCCUUCCAAACAACAAGAGCACCCAGUCCCAGGCUAAUCCUGCAACGCAGAAAGAGGAUGUCAUCAUGAUUGACUAAAACAUUCUAUUGCUACUUACUUUAACGCUGGGGAGCACCUCUUUUUCCCUCAAGGAUGAUUUUCCUUGCACGUUGAGACGUGGUUUACUACGCCACCUACCAUUUGCUACUUGUACAGUGUCUAGAAUCGAGCCCUUUGUUCUUAGAAGCUCCUGUUUUCUGCGGGUUGACGUAGUAUCUAAACACCGGCAUACCCUUGUGGCUGAGCUACAUAAUUUAAUGAGUGGGAAAAUGUCAUAAAGCCCGAGGUCUAGAAAUUAAAAACAUGUUGCCAUUGUCUCUUAUGA